AUGUCCGACACCACUCAGGAUACGCUGUUGCAGCGUCUUUCAGAAUUUCUGAUCACCUGUGGUCCCCUCCCAGCCGAUAUAGACUUCGGCGAAGAACUUACGGAGGCUCAUGGUCUCAUUGCUGAGUGUUUGGAGGCUCUCACCAAGCCUCUUGACACCCCCGCGCCACUAGAACCCGUUAUCGACACGGCUCAGGAAGAG